AUGGAAAGUUUAACAGUGUUGUUGCGUCAUUCUGGCAAGUGGAACGAUGAGGGCAAUUACAUCGAUUUUUCAAUUAAGGGAAUACCGAUAAAGGAGUAUGCCUCCUUUAAUGAUCUAGUUGCUCCAAUUUCUAAUCAACUGGGUAUAGAUUUGAGUUCAAAGUCCAUUAAAAUUCAAUACAAAGUAGAAGGAAAUUGCACGCCAAUGAAAAUACACAAUGAUAUGUGUUACAGAGUGUAUGUAGAAUUGAAAAAAGAGAACAGAGAAUUUGGUAUGUAUCCUUUGUGCAUAACAACUAUAGAAAAAGAACUUGUAUCCGGAUGUAGUUUAAAUCAAGACGACAUUGUGCAAAUAGACGAAGUUGUUCAAAGGUACGAUUCCGAUACAGAUGAUACACUGGCUCUAGAUUUUGUCAAUUCAGGAGAAGCGAUUGGAGUGUUCGAACUCCACAAAGAUUUGAUAAUUUCAAAAACUAAUCAAAGGGAGGUUAUGGCUGGACAAGUGUAUAAGGAUAAGGCUACAUUGAAAGAGGUGAUGGAGAAUUAUGCUAUAGCUCAAAGGUUUCAAUUCCAUGUUGAUAGGUCUAAUGCUGUCAGGUUGCAAGAUUGUGAAUGGAGGUUUAAGGUUUCAAGCAUUAACAAAUCAGAACUAUUCAAAGUGAGAGAAUUCAUUGAUAACCAUACAUGUCCGCUGAAGGACAAGGUGUAUGAGCAGCGGCAUGCAAGUAACAGCCUUAUAGGUGGUAUGAUAAGGCCUAAGCUUACUAAUCAUAAGAGAAAAUACCCCUCAAAGGAUAUUAUUGAUGAUGUGAAAUCAGAUUUAGGUGUAGAUGUUAGCUACAUGUUGGCAUGGAGGGCUAAAGAAAAGGCAAUGAAUUUUUUGAGAAGUGAACCGGCUGAUUCAUACAAAAAAUUACCAGGAUACUUAUAUACAAUGGAUAUGACAUAUCCAGGUUCUCACAUCAGAAUGGUAAAAUCGCCAAAAAAUGAAUUCAUGUACGUGUAUAUAUCUUUGUAUGCCUUUAUAAAGGGGUUUGAUCAUUGUAGACCCAUUGUUGUUGUGAAUGGAAGUCACCUAAAAUCUUACUACACCGGGACAUUUGUUUCGACAAGCACGUUGGAUGGUGCAGGUCAUAUAUUGCCACUAGCAUAUGUUGUUAUUGAUUCAGAGAACGAUAUUGCUUGGACGUGGUUCUUUGAAGUGUAUCCAGAUGUACCGUAUUUUGCUUGUAUAUGGAAUCUAUGGAACAACAUAUAUAAGAAAUUCAAAAAGAGCCAUGCCAAGUUGAGCGAGAUAUACUUCUCGAUGAAAAAAGCAUACACACAAGUUGAAUUUGACAGUAUGAUGAAGAAGGUGGAGAAGGUAGAUAUUAGGGUGAAAGAAUACUUAGAGUUAGUUGGAUACGAAAAGUGGGCUAGGUUGUAUGCACCUGUUAACAGGGGAUGGACAAUGACGUCAAAUAUUGCCGAGUCAAUCAAUGCUGCACUAGUUUCAGCAAGGGAAUUGCCAAUAUACGACUUCCUCGAAUAA